AUGGAAAAAAGCAGUAAUAUCACUGUCUUUAUUCUCUUGGGGCUUUCCCAAAAUAAGAACAUUGAAUUCCUCUGCUUUGUAUUAUUUUUGUUUUGCUAUAUUGCUAUUUGGAUGGGGAACUUACUCAUAAUGAUUUCUAUCACUUGCACUCAGCUCAUUCACCAACCCAUGUAUUUCUUCCUCAAUUACCUUUCACUCUCCGACCUUUGCUACACAUCCACAGUGACCCCCAAAUUAAUAGUUGACUUACUGGCGGAAAGAAAGACCAUUUCCUAUAAUAACUGCAUGGUACAACUCUUCACCACCCAUUUUUUUGGAGGCAUAGAGAUCUUCAUUCUGACAGGGAUGGCCUAUGACCGCUAUGUGGCCAUCUGCAAGCCCCUGCACUACACCAUCAUCAUGAGCAGGCAAAGAUGUAACACAAUCAUCAUAGUCUGUUGUGCUGGGGGAUUUAUACAUUCUGCCAGUCAGUUUCUUCUUACCAUAUUUGUACCAUUCUGUGGCCCAAAUGAGAUAGAUCACUACUUCUGUGAUGUGCAUCCUUUGCUGAAAUUGGCCUGUUCUAAUAUACACGUCUUAGGUCUCUUAGUCAUUGCUAAUUCAGGGUUAAUUGCUUUGGUGACAUUUGUUGUCUUGAUAUUGUCGUAUGUUUUUAUAUUAUAUACCAUCAGAGCAUACUCUGCAGAGAGCCGCAGCAAAGCUCUUUCCACUUGUAGUUCUCAUGUAAUGGUUGUGGUCCUGUUUUUCACACCUGCAUUAUUCAUUUACAUUAGACCGGCUACAACGUUCUCAGAAGAUAAAGUGUUUGCCCUCUUUUAUACUAUCAUUGGUCCCAUGUUCAACCCUCUUAUCUACACGUUGAGAAACACAGAGAUGAAGAAUGCCAUGAGGAAAGUGUGGUUUCGUCCAAUAGUUCUGAAAGGAAAAUAACUUUUCUGAAUCAUUUCUGCUUUUCAUGCCAUAGUUCCCAGAGACCACAACACAUGAGUGAGAAAGAGUCACUCACAACAUGCUCUUGUCAUUUUUAGGAUAGAAAAGUGAGCAAACAGGAAGUGUAUCUAUUCUGAGGUUUUAUACUUCUACAGUGACAUCUCAAUAACAAAUUGAGCAUUACUCCUAUCCAUACUCUCUUCCACCUUUCUUUUCUUUUCUUUUCUCUUUUUUUUUUUAUGAGAUGAAGUUUCACUCUUGUUACCCAGUCUGGAGUGCAAUGGCGUGAUCUCCGCUCACUGCAGCCUCUGCCUCCUGGGUUCAGGCAAUUCUCCUGUCUCAGCCUCCUGAGUAGCUGGGAUUACAGGCACACACCACCACGCCCAGUUAAUUUUUGUAUUUUUAGUAGAGACAGGGUUUCACAUUACUAUUGUGCUCAUGUGAUAUGAAAUAACCAGAAAAUUUCAUAAAAAUAAAGGAUUACAUGGUGUCAUGUUGAAAAAUUAAAAUAGAUUAGGUGUUUUUCAUGCCUUAAACUUCUAAGAAGAUGAAUGAAAUAUUACCCUCAACUUUUUACAUUUUUACCGAAGUCUAAACACAAAAAGUGCAUGUAUUUCCUGUGUACAGCUCGUGAACUUUUGCAAAUUGAGCAUGAUUGUGUAAUCAGCAACUGGAUUAAGAGACAGAUGUUAUCAGCACAUCAUAGGCCCUCCUCAGUCCUCUUUAUAAUUCAUACCUCCCAAAGCUAAAUGCAAUACUUAUUUCUAAAAUAAUUAGUUUUUAUCUGUUUGUGUACUUUGAAGAAUAAGAAAGAUAUAUUUGGCUACUGAAUAUGUGUCUUCUCAGUAUUUCAUUUGUGAAUCAUUUCUCAUGUUUGUAAGUUUUCUGAUUGUUUCCAUUGAUGUAUAAGGUAUCGUAUUUUAUGAAUAUAUAAUGACUAAUUUACUCAUUUCCUCAUUGCCAGACAUUUGGGUGGUUUCCCAUUCAGGAUUAUUAUGUAUAGUGCUGCUUUGAAUAUUUUGAAACAUGUCUUUUUGGUGAAUAUAUGUCUUUUACAAUUUCAUUUUACUUUAUAAAAUGUAAUUAA